GUAAUUGAUGAGUAAUCGACUGGAAACAAGCGCCAUUAUUCUCAGUCUUUUUCUUUCUCUUUCUCUCUCUCUUUUUCUGUCUGGUCUUAUCGCUCCCCCAACCUCGCCCUUGCUGAACAAACGAACCAACACUGAUGCCUUACUGGGCCACAGCCAUCUCGGGUCCUCAGCUUUGUUCCAGGAUUGGAUGUGAUGGCUACACAGGGCUCCCGGCUGAUCUCGAUCUACUCAACACAUCGACUGGCCAAAUAGCCAACAAUCCAAAGCAAGUCACUCCAAGUCAAAGCAAAUCACUGACAGCCGGAUCGAAGAUGCCGAUCGUGAGGACCGAUCAUGAGAACGCGGAUCAUCCAUCUAGGCAAGACUUGUCACCUUUCGCCUCCCGUCCUGUGAGGGAUAGUACAACUGCAGCUGCUGCGCAUCCCAAUCAGGGAGAUGAAGUCAAGUCGGAUGUAGAUGGACAGAUCCGAGGCAGGGCACCACAACCGGCUUCCCAUCAAACGACUUGGCCCGGCAGUCACGCCUCUGUGGUACUGUGUACGAGGGUAUCUUCUGCAAAGGUGGGCAUGGGCCAGGAAUCCGGAGAUACUGCCAUGGUGGGGGGGGCAAAGCAGACCAAUGAUGGCAGGGAGAGGAAUGCACCGGUCCAAUGCAUUGCUGAUCGGAGAUUACACGAUAACAUCAGGUCAUUGGACCAAGCCAUGUCCUAG